GUUUUAAGCACUACUCUCUUCUAUCCCUUACGUUCAGGGAAAAAGGAGAAAUUUUAUUCUUUGACUGGGCAAAUAAGCAGCAUUUCAUUGAUCAGAUAUUUAUUGUAUUUAAAAGAGAUCUAUUUGUUUAUUAACAAUGGUUUCCGGUGUUUGGUUAUCAAAAAAGCUGCUUUGUAUUGUCAUUGCCGCUGUCUUUACUGGCGUUUUAUUGUUUGUCAAUAAUUUACACAAGGUUAAUCUUUCUUUAUUAAAUUUUCCUUCCUUCACCCCAAAUGAUUCAAGUUGUGUCCCAUUUAGCUGUACUCCACCUCGACCAAGGAUUGCCCCAGCAGAUGAGAAGUCGUAUGGACAAGCUACAACACUUCAUAAAGCGUUCAUUAAUGAAAGUGAUACACAAGAGCCAAAGUCGCAUGAAAUAAUUUUGCUUCUCGGAAGCAAUGGAAAUAUGGGCUCGUUUGAUCCUUCCAUCAUGGAUGAUGUUUUGGCCAAUCGGCUUGAGUAUGUCAAAAAACAUAACUACAAUUUUGAAUUUGUCAACCUUACGGGAAUCAAUGUGCCUACUGUUUGGGGCAAGAUGCCAAGCGUGAUUCAGAUGAUGGAGAAAUAUCCAAAUGCGAAGUGGAUAUGGUGGUUGGAUCAGGAUGCUUUAAUUAUGAAUAAAGAUCAAUCUUUGCAAAAUUUAUUCUUGUCUCCUGAGAAUCUCAAAUCCUCUUUGAUGACAGAUCAACCGUUGUGGAGUCAAAUUAUAAAAGAGGACAAGAGACGUACUCCUUCCUCGUAUAACGAUGAAAUGAUCGAUAAUGUCGAAUUCCUGAUCUCUGAGGAUCACAAUGGAGUAAAUGCUGGAAGUUUUCUUGUGAAAAAUACUGAAACGAUGGCUCUGUUCAUGGAUUUACUAACUGAACCUACCCUAGUCGAGCACAAAAUUGUGCGUCAUGAGCAAGAUCUUAUAGGAUUAAUGAUUCAUCGACAUCCACAGCUUGCUGCUAAGUUUGGUAUUUUACCGCAAAGGUAUUUAAAUGCCUAUCCUCACGCUCCACCAGAAAUGGAAUAUCAACCCGGUGACCUGUUGGUGCAUUUUGCUGGAUGUUGGGUUGAAAAUAAAUGUACGACACUUUGGGAAGAAUUCAAACAGAAAUUGGAUUAAAUUUUUGCAUUCCUUGAACUAAUCAUCUGUGUUUCUAAUUACAAGGGAUGCUUAUUUAUAUACAUACGAACAUACAGAUUUUACGUAUAUGGUUACUAUAUAUUUAUAUAUUACAAACAUAUGAUCUUGAAGCCAAAAUUGGAAAAAGUCAGCUCUGCUGCUGACUUUUUUGGAUUGGUUUCCAUCUAUAUUAUUUAUUAACUAUUCUAGUUCUAUUCUAUCUAUUCUAUUAAUAAAAAUUGACC